AACUAGAAAGGGGAACUUCUGCAGCUGCAGUGCUUGGUGAACAUUUCCUCUCUGGGGUUUUAGGCAAGCUGUUUAUCUGAGUUAGACGUGUAGUGUACGUUUAGCCUUACAGGUGCUGUCAAGCAACACUUAUCAAGCAUAGGGACAUUUCUUGUCAUGUCUGAUGGCCUGGGGGGGUUGGAUUUGGAGGAAGAUGAUGAGUGCUGGGUACGGCUGGAAGAUUACAGAAUGCUUCUCAUCAAGACCAUUGAGCCCUCAAGGAUAACACCUUAUCUGAGACAGUGUAAGGUGCUGAGCAGUGAAGAUGAGGAACAGAUCUACAACGACCCUAGUCUGGUUAUCAGAAGGCGAAAAGUUGGAGUGCUGUUAGACAUUUUACAAAGAACUGGACUAAAAGGAUAUGAGGCAUUUCUAGAGAGCCUAGAGCUCGACUAUCCAGACGUGUACCGCAAAAUCACCGGCAAAGAGCCUGCUCGGGUCUUCUCCAUACUUAUUGACACUGCCGGGGAAUGCGGACUCACUCAGUUCCUCAUGAGCGAGGUGACUCGCCUACAGAAGCUCGCACAGGACGAGCGGAGGGCGAGGCGCGAGAUGUCUGCGCAGGCGGCGGAGCAGCUGAACACCAUCCGCCAGCUGCAGCUGAGCGAGACUGAGUUGCAUAAGCAGCAAGAGCGCGUGCAGCGUAUGCGGGAGGAGCGCGCGCAUGUUUGCGAGGAGGCGCGUAAACUGAGAGACGAGAAUUACCGACUGAUGCAGGAUCUGACCCGACUGAGCGAGGAGAAGAACUGCGCUCUCAUGAGUAACCGUGAUCUCCAGCUGGAGAUCGAGAGACUAAAGCACAGCCUGAUGAAUGCAGAGAGUGACUCAAAGAUCCAACGUAAAAAGACAAUAACCUUGAAAAAUGCCAUGGAGCAGAGGCCCAGUCAGGAGAUGAUUUGGCAGAUGCAGAGAGAAAAUGAUCUCCUCACUGCCCAUAUACAAGAGCUUGAAAGCUCUUCCAAGGAGCAUGAAAAGCUUGAUCCACAGUCCUUGGAGGAUUUCAAGCAACAAAGUCAGACUCAAUACCAAGAACUGGUGAAUGUUGUCUACAAUAUACGCAGAGAUCUGCACGAUGCAGAGGAGCUACGUGAUAAGUAUCGAGAGGAGAAGGAUGAGUUGGAACUGAAGUGCACAAUGCUAAAGAAGGACUCCAAAAUGUAUCAUGACCGAAUGAAAGACAUCCUGAAGCAGCUGGAAGAAGUCAUCAAAGAACGAGAUAAGGCUAUUUCUACAAGAGAGGACUACCAUUUGGAGAACUCAAAAAACCUUCAGGACAAGGACCAGUAUCGCAAACAGAUCCGGGAGAUGGGAGAACGUUACGAUGAACUUCAAAUCCAAUUGUUCCGAACUCAAGGAGAAGUUCUUGCUCUUCAAGCAAAACUCUGUAAACAGAAAAACCCAAAUCAAGUGAACUCAGAAGACAGUUUCUUGCUAAGUUCACUUGAGCUAAAAAGUCAGACUAGUGAGGAGGAGUUCAGGAAGAGGUGUGAAAAGGACAUACGUGAAGAGUCACAGAGCCAAACAUCGGGGGAGUUCAAUUCUUGUUUGUUUCCGGAAAGGUUCUCUGAGGAAGACAUCUUAACUACCUGCAAACUUAGAGGACGAUGCAACUUCUAUAACAGAAGGAAACGUGCAUUAAGAACCAAAAAGUUCACAGUUAAAGAGAAUGUGCAGUCAAUCCUGGACAACACUACAGGGAGUGACACAGAUGAGAUGUGACACACUGCUUUGGACAAGGAAUGUGGCCUUCUCUAAAGACAUCACAUAUUUGAUGAGAAUCCAGUAUUGUUUUGCAGCCAUUGACCCAGAAAAACCUGACUAAGUGUUAAGGAAAGCACUUUGGUUGUUUUUUGUUGCUAUUUAUUGUUUUGGGAGAAAAUAACAUCAAAAGUGCCUUUUACCCCAGGGGCCCUUUAGCCCUGUUGUACCCUAUAAUUGUUCUCUUACUCUAAAAGUAUGUUCAGUCAGUAAUUGAUAUUGCCAUGACUCUUAUUCUCAAGUUUCUCUUAUUUAUUUCUUCUGUAUAUAUGAGAGAUGAUCUGCUUGUACAAUGUACAUGAUACAACAUAGUGCAUGUGAUUUUCAAAAUUGUUUCAUGCCCUUUAUUUAAACUCAAAUGUUUGUUACUUUGUUAAUUUAUGAGGUUUAUCGUAGUAUUCAAAAUGAUAAUACAAAAUAUAAAAUGACUUUCCCCCCAUGUUUUGUGAAUUUUCAGCAUAUGUGCACAAACGUAUCCCAAUAGACUAUAAUGAUUAUAUGUCUGUG